CGGAAAACAAAAACAGUCCGUGUUGUCGGAACACCGCUGCUACGGGGAAACCGUGCGUACUGAGACACUGGCUCUGACAUAAGGCAGCGUUGUCACUUGGCGCCUUCAACCCUUCGAAGGAUCUAUAGGAUGUAAAGCUGAAACUAAUAAUGAAUUGUGAAAAAAACCACAGCUGUUGUCUAUGAUUGUUCCCUCCUCUUCAUCAUUUGGCCCCAGCUGCUGCCUUAACAGACACAUAUUUAUAUAUAUAUAUAUCAAACAACACACCAAAAAAUGACAGAGCCACGCAAUCCAGGGAUGUCUUCAACAGCCCCAGUGCACCCCGACGCCACCUCCCCGGCUGUGGAGAUGGACCCAGUGGAGUACACCCUGCGGAAGCGCCUCCCUCGCAAACUCCCAAAGAGGCGGAACGAUGUCUAUGUCAACAUGAAGACCGAUUUCCGCGCUCAGCUGGCUCGCUGUCAGAAACUUCUGGAAGGUGGCGGUCACAGGGAGAUCUGUGUGCACGGCCUGGGCCUCGCCAUCAACAGGGCCAUCAACAUUGCCCUUCAGCUGCAGACCAGCAGCCAGGGGGCGCUGCAGCUGGCAGCCAACACCUCGACAGUGGAGCUGGUGGACGACCUGGAGCCUGAAGACCCUGAUGAGGCCGGGGAGCCCAUGACGCGUACACGCAACAACUCGGCUAUUCAUAUUAAGGUUUUCUACCCUGACCCUCAGUGACCUGAGUGGAUGUUCAUCCGGUGUGUCCUGCAGGGACCCAGUAGUCCAGAAAACAUUGUUUGGCGCCGUUUGUGUGGUGACCUUUAACGGCAACGCCAGAGCACUGCAGAAUGGAGCAGACAUGCAUACACUGCAUGUCUGCAUCAGUUAACUACGUGGGAAUGGACAGUCUUACUUGUGUGAAUAUAUAUAUAUUGCUACUUUUGUCAUGUAUCCUGCCUUUUUUAGUUUGCAUGUCUUGAAGCAGCAGUGGUGUUGUCCAGGUCAAACCUCAAUGUAAUUUAAUACUUGGAAGACAUUAAGUGUUCAUGUCAUGGACAUAUGGACAUUUGCAUGGCUGUGUAGAAUGUACAUGUACCAGUGUCUUUUUUUUUUUAGUCUGCAAGUGUUUUUGUUUAAUUUUUGUGUUUAAAAAGAUACAAAAAAAGCAGAAAAAUGGAGAAUUCCAAAGUUUAUAUUUCUAGCAGGUGUUAAUGUUGUCCACUAGAUGUCAGUAGUUGGCUGCACAGGCAUGCUAGGACGUUACCCCGAAAACUAACUUUAAUUGCACAAUGUCGCAAUGUUCUAUUCUGAAAACUGGCCUAUAGCAUGGGAAAAGACAAAAGGAAUGAAUGAAAUGAACAGAC